AUGCAAAUUCCAAGUCAAACAAAGGGCGAUGCAGCUCUCGCUACAUUGGCUGUUGCCCAACCUCCUGCCGUCAACGCUUUUGUUCCGCUCACGGAGUUCACUCUCUUCCCUGAGCUUCCAGUUGAGUUGCGCUUAGAGAUCUGGGAAUUCUCGCUGGAGGCACGCGUUCUUCAACUCACGGAGAAAAGACCGAGGACGCCCCAAGAGGAAUUUAUCCUAAAGUCAGAUAAACCUCUGUCGAUUAUGCAAGUCAACACAGAGUCUCGCGAGGUUGGCAAAAGAAGUUACGAUUUUCUCGAGUACUACAAUCGGGAAAUUAAAGGUAUUUUCGUCAAUUGGGAGCUGGAUACCAUCUACGCUGAAGAAGACGUCUUCAAAUAUCAAAGUCUUGUUGGAAAUGUGUACCUCGAGAGAAUCUCUUCAAAGAUGCGACGUCUCGCUAUAUUGUGUGUCGAUAAUCAACGGACGAGUGAGAUAAACACCAUCGUAGACACUGCGAGCAGUUUGACAAACAUCCGAAACCUCACAUUCUACAACCCCGGAGGCGCAAAUUAUAAGAUAUUCCGCAUCAAACUUCAAAUAGAAAACAUACGUCAGGAUAAGGAGUUAUGGGGCAGGACACCAGUGCUUGAUCAUGAGUUACCGCAAUUAUACGAGGAACUGUGUACGAUCGCUUCGUCAUUAAGCAGGCGCCCGUUGAAAAAAUACAAUACGCCACCUCGAUUCAUUGGUGUCAGCUGGAAGGGAGUGGCCCCAAUUGAUAAGGCAAACAAAAGAGUGGAAUCUGCAGUGGCUAUCCAGAUGACUGAGGACAUUUCGCCAUGGUAAAGCGUCAAGCCGGUAGAGUGUCAGGUCGGUAAAGCUUCAGAUCGG